GAGAGUAGCAAGAUGGCGUCGAGAGCAACCUGGUAUAGUACUCCGGCAAGAAAGAGGCACAUGAGAUUGGAGACUCAUGCUCUGCUAUUUGUUGUACUCUUUUUUGGGGGGAGUGAAAGUGCAGAUCAGACGGAGGAGUAUUUGAAGAGGGAGCACUCGUUAAGUAAACCAUAUCAGGGUGUGGGUACCUCCUCUUCCUCUCUAUGGGAUCUGUUGGGAAAUGCUCUUGUGACCCCACAAUACGUACGCCUGACGCCAGAUAUGCAAAGCAAGCAGGGGGCUGUCUGGAACAGAGUGCCUUGUUAUUUGAGGGACUGGGAGUUGCAGGUUCACUUCAAAGUCCAUGGCCAGGGCAAGAAGAAUCUGAAUGGGGAUGGCUUUGCUAUAUGGUACACCAAGGAUAAGAUGCAGACUGGUCCAGUGUUUGGAAGUAAAGAUAAUUUUUUAGGGUUGGGUAUUUUUGUGGACACCUAUCCAAAUGAAGAGAAGCAGCAUGAGCGUAUCUUCCCCUAUGUGUCCGCCAUGGUAAAUAAUGGUUCUCUGGUAUAUGAUCACAGUCGUGAUGGCCGGCCCACGGAACUUGGUGGCUGCACAGCCAUCGUACGGAACCUCAACCAUGAUACCUUUCUAGUUAUCCGCUACGUCAAAAGACGGCUCACAGUUAUGAUAGAUGUGGAUGGAAAACACGAAUGGAAGGACUGCCUUGAUGUGCCUGGAGUACGGCUACCUCGUGGAUAUUUCUUUGGGACUUCUGCUGUUACCGGAGACCUAUCAGAUAAUCACGACAUCAUCUCCCUGAAGCUUUAUCAGUUGAGUGUAACACGUACACCUGCAGAAGAAUCUAUGGAUAAAGAAGUAUUCAUACCCAGUGUGGAUAACCUGAAACUACCUGGAGUGGAGACUCCCACUGACCCCAUGAGUGGUUUUGCAAUCUUCCUUAUAGUCUUCUUUUCCCUUAUUGGAGUGGUCUUUGCUGGUGUGAUAAUAGUUAUUGUAUACAACAAAUGGCAAGAAAGAAGCCGCAAGCAUUUCUACUGAUUACAGAAGAGCCGUUUUCAUCCGUCCAGUACCUGGGCACCUCCUUAAUGAACGCACAAUGCAAGUGCCCAUUUUUUGCAAGAAUUUAAAAUGACUCUUCCCACAGACACUGGACCUUUUCAAUUGAGGCACAAAGUCAGUCUCAUCCUAGCUGCCUGGUUUUUAUGUUUAAACACUGUUUUUGUAAUGCUGCUACAGAAUGUUUUACUGGCUACUGAUUUGUUAUAUUGUUCCCUACAACUAUUGACUUCAAACAAACUUGAACAUCUGCACUUUGAUCUACCUCCAUUCAUACCUCUUACUGCACUGUAGCUCAAUUUUACAACCCUACUUUCUAAUCUGGCUUUAUCCUAGGGUACCCUCAAAACAGAUUUAUGUCUUAGUAUUUAAUGAUCUCAGACUCAUUAUUUUAUUACCAGUUUAGAUCUUUACUUUAACUGAAUUAUUAAAGUGAUGGUAAACUUUACUUGCUUUAAAAUCAGGUCCGGAAUCUAAGCAAUAUUUUACAGGCACUUUGAUCACUUUUAAUAAAUAUGCGCCGUAAUUUGCUUUUUAAUCUAGCCGUGCCAUUCUAAUAUCCUGUUGUCUGGCCGCCCACUUCAAAACUCAUAUUUUUUGUGAGAUAACCGUUUGAACUCUUCUCCACAUGGUGAUUGGAGAACAGUUCAAACCAUUAGCUCACCAAAACAUGAGUUUUAAUGUGGGCGGCCGGGUAUUAGAAUGGCACGGCUAGAUUAAAUUCCAUCUAAAAUAUUGCUUAGAUUUCAGACCUGAUUUUAAAAAAACAUGUAAAGUUUACCAUCACUUUUAAGUGUAGCUGGAAAGACGCAACAUCAAUGUUUGUUCCAAGGAUUAGCAGAUGGUUGGCCAUGCGUAAUAUACAAUUGCAAUAAAUGUAUAUCUCCUUGGGAUGACAGGUUUAGUCAUUUUUAUUUUUUUUUUCCUUCUAGCGAUUGCUUGGUCUUUACUACAAUAUUGUGGCUCUCCAAAGCAGUCAUACUAUAAAUCCGCACAGAAUAUAACUAUCAGGACCUUGCUUUUUUUCCCCCCAAACAAGUAUCCUUUUUUUUUUUUUAUUAUUAUUUUUUUAAUGUUUUUGUCUUUGCAAUAAUUUUCACUGCAAAUGUUUUAAAGCAUCAUUUUAUAUAUUCUGCAGUUAUGUGAAAGUGCUCUUAAAAAUGUGAAUUUAAGUUUAAAUUGAUUAUUACCAUUCGUUAUGAACUUGAUGUCAUUUAUAUAGUGCUAUAUAAUAAAGUGCAAACAUUCGGAACAAAUAGAACUGAUGGUUGCAGUACUGUACAAA